AUGGAGACUUCUCCGACCAGGAGCAGUGUGGUUGCUCCCGCUGCCGGCAUGAAGCGUCCUGCAUCCUUGUUGCCGGCGUUUGAGCCCUUGAGCUCGUCCCCCUCUCUUCCUCGACCUCAGAAGCGUGUAGCACGCGAACCUGGAGUCUCGAAGUAUCCUACCCCGGUUCCUACCUCGUCCACUCACAUUAUGUCGUCCUCUCCUCCUGGUAUUGCCUCCGCUCGGUCCUCCCUGCCACGUUCCUUCUCUGCCGUCAUUGAGCGAGCUCCCCUGUCCGCUGUGCCUACGAUCAUGCUGCAGGAGAACGGAGAACCCACCCUGAUGGGCCGCUCAAGUGUGUCCUGCCAGCACCAGCUGGCUGCCAGUCGUAUGAUAUCUCGUGUUCAUGUCAAGGCUACUUACAAGCCGGCGCCCAACCCCUUCGACCGGGAUAGGGUGGAGAUCAUGUGUAUGGGUUGGAAUGGGAUUAAAAUCCACUGCCAGGGCAAAAAAUAUGAUUUGGCAAAGGGCAAGACGUUUACGUCGGACAUAAGAGAUGCAGAUAUCAUGAUUGAUGUCCAUGACGCGCGGGUCUUGGUGCAAUGGCCGCGUCUUGAUAGGAAAGACUGCCCGUCCACGGACUCGGAGCAAACCAGUGAUGAGGCCACCCCGACCCAGAAGGGCCAGUCCCGUCGGGCUCUGCAGGAUAGCCCCUUGCCAGAUCGUCAGCGCUUGGCCUCGCCCGUCUCCCCGUCGCCUGCGGUUCAACGCGCCAUCCCACCGUCCUCGCCUCUGUUCACGCCCUCGCGGGCCCGUGCUGCCGUUGUGGUAUAUGAGGAUGAGCCCUCUCCCUUGAAGCGCCACAACACUGUUGGUGGUAUCACGUCUCAGUCUGCUCGUCGUGCCUCUGCUAUUCUCCAGAGUUCCCAUGUCAGCGACCUGAGUGACUCGCGUCGUUCCGAGGACUUCUCGGAUAACGACGAGGAGAACGACCCCAUCGUUCACUCCUUUGGUCCCUUUGACGACUCGCCCACACACUCUGCUCGGUCUGCGCGCAGCCUACUGCCCGCUCAGCCUCUGCAGCCCACCCAGUCUCUGAACCAGCCCUCCCAAGCCUCUGAGAAUGAGGGUGAGGUUGUUGAGGACAAGUCUCAGCCCUUGGAUGAGCGAUUCGAGAGGGUCCGCAACCAUGCUGUGAAUCAGCUGGCAUUCUCCCGGCUCUCCUCGACUCCCUUCUCCACCAUUCUCAACAACCUCCCCCCUUCUUAUUGGAAAUCGGACAACAAGAACGUCUCUGGUCCAUCCCGGGCCGAGAUUCGUUACAUCCUUGAGAACAGCAAGCCUAUUGGCAAGGUUGCCCGUGAGGGCAAAGAUGCUGCGGGCAAGCCCCUCGAGAGUGAAUAUUACUACAUCCCAGAUUUUGAUGACGAUGAGAUGCGACGCGCGGCUGUGGUCAACGACCUCCGCAAGCCUGGGCUCCGCAACUGCCGGAAGCAGCACAAGCAAUACUUCUGGCGCAAACCCAAAUAA